AUGUCUGCCAACGACCAGCCUUCGACUCUCCAGUCCUACACCGACGCCGCCAUUAGCAAGGUGCAGAGUGGUCUCAGUGCAAUAACUGGAAACAGUGCCGACCAAGAAAAGAGCGAUAUCCGCGAGGAGAAGGCCCAGGAAGAACACGAUGCUUCCCACGCCGCGGUCAAGGUCCCCGGUGGCGCCGUCUCGAGCUCUGGUGCCGCUGUCAAGGAUGACUCGAACCGUUCCCAGGGCUCCUGGAACCAGACUAUAGGCUCGGCAAAGGAGACCGUUGGCGGUCUCGUCGGAAACGAGUCCUUGAAACAGUCUGGUCGACAGCAGAACCUCGAGGGUCAGGAACAAGAGGCCAAGGGCCAACUCAAUGACUUUAGCUCUGGCAUAGCCAACCGCGCCCAGGGAACCAUCGGUGGCGCCAUUGCUGGCGUCACUGGCGACAAGAAGGGCGAGGAGCACUACGACAAGAUGCGCGCUGAGGGCAAGACUCAGCAGCGCGGCGCCGAGCACGACAUUCGGAAGCAGUCUGAAGCUCGGGAAGAGAAGAAGGACUGA